CAGGAGAGCCUGCGUCUGUUUGGACAGGACAGGGCCACUCAGGAGUUUCAUCUCACUAAAGCUCCCAGGGCAGUGAGCAUAUUUGAGGAAUUCUUUUUUGUAAAGAUUUUCUUCCUCCCCCCCCCACAACAUUUUUGUUUAAGAGAAAAUGAGAUGUCUAUCUUCUGUUUCCUUAUUUUUUUUCAGGAAAGCGAAGGGUUGUUGACUUCCUCCCUCUCCCCUCCCUUCCUUCCUUCUUCCCGAAGGUACUCAUCUGAGAAAAAGAGAACGAAGUAUUGUUCCUGUUCUCCUUCUUAAGUCAUUUGAAACACUGUCCCUGCGAGUUCUUUAAGUUCCCCUGCAAUCUGUACACAAGAGAAAGAGGGAGAGAGAGAGAGGGAAAGGCAGAGACAGCCAGAAACCAGGUAAAGCAGUGGGGCCAGAGCCACUCAGCCCUCGGGAGCUGGGACCCUGCCAAGGAUGCAGAAGGCAAUGAAGAUGGUCAAAGAUGAGGAUGGACCUUUCCACGCCACUGUGAAGAACAUCCCCUCCUUUCCCCGCUGCCUUCAGCCCGAGGCUUCCCGAGGGAAGGCUCCCCAAAGACACUCCUUCCCCGAAGCUCUCCGAGGCCCCUUUCCCCAGUUUCGAUAUGAACCUCCAGGAGACCUUGAUGGAUUCCCCGAGGUCUUCGAGGGAGGAGGCUCCCGGAAACGGAAGAGCAUGCCCACAAAGAUGCCUUACAACCACCCUGCUGAAGAAGCCGGGACUGCUGAGGAGAACAAGAACCUGGGCCCUCCCAACCUGGCUCUGCUUUUCCCGCAGCCACCGCGCCCCAAGUGCGACUCUCAGAUGAUCGACCUGUGCAAUGUGGGCUUGCAGUUCUACCGUACCCUGGAGCACCUGGGGGGCAAAGCGGUCAAGCAGGAGCCGGUGAAGCCCAGCGCCGUGUGGCCCCAGCCGGCAGCCCCUGCCUUCCUGCCUGCGCCUUACCCCUACUACCCCAAAGUCCACCCGGGACUCAUGUUCCCCUUCUUCAUGCCCUCGUCCUCACCCUUCCCCUUCAGCAGGCACACCUUCCUGGCCAAGCAGCCCCCCGAGCCAGUGUUACCCCGCAAAGUGGAGCCCCUGGAAAGCGAGGAGACCAAGCAGAAGGUGGAGAGGGUGGACGUGAAUGUGCAGAUCGAUGACAGCUACUAUGUGGACGUGGGUGGGGCUCAGAAGCGCUGGCAGUGCCCCACCUGUGACAAGUCCUACACCUCCAAGUACAACCUGGUGACGCACAUCCUGGGCCACAGUGGGAUCAAGCCGCACGCGUGCACCCGCUGCGGGAAGCUCUUCAAGCAGCUCAGCCACCUGCACACCCACAUGCUGACACACCAGGGCACGCGGCCCCACAAAUGCCAGGUGUGCCACAAGGCCUUCACCCAGACCAGCCACCUGAAGCGCCACAUGAUGCAGCACAGCGAGGUGAAGCCGCACAACUGUCGCGUGUGCAGUCGGGGCUUUGCCUACCCCAGCGAGCUCAAGGCCCACGAGGCCAAACACGCCAGCGGGCGUGAGAACAUUUGUGUGGAGUGCGGCCUCGACUUCCCCACCCUGGCUCAGCUGAAGAGGCAUCUCACUACGCACCGCGGCCCCAUCCAGUACCACUGCUCCGAGUGCGACAAGACCUUCCAGUACCCCAGCCAGCUGCAGAAUCACAUGAUGAAACACAAAGACAUCCGUCCCUACAUCUGCUCUGAGUGUGGCAUGGAGUUCGUGCAGCCCCACCACCUCAAGCAGCACUCGCUCACCCACAAGGGUGUGAAGGAGCACAAAUGUGGGAUCUGUGGGCGUGAGUUCACCCUGCUGGCCAACAUGAAGAGACAUGUGUUGAUCCACACUAACAUCCGAGCCUAUCAGUGUCACCUCUGCUACAAGAGCUUCGUGCAGAAGCAGACCCUCAAGGCACACAUGAUUGUCCACUCUGAUGUGAAGCCUUUCAAAUGCAAGCUGUGUGGGAAGGAAUUCAACCGGAUGCACAACCUGAUGGGCCAUAUGCACCUGCACUCAGACAGCAAGCCCUUCAAGUGCCUCUACUGCCCCAGCAAGUUCACCCUGAAGGGGAACCUGACCCGCCACAUGAAGGUCAAGCAUGGAGUGAUGGAGCGAGGCCUUCAUGCUCAAGGUCUGGGCAGAGGACGACUUGUCCUGGCGCAGUCCACUGCUGUCCUGAGGAACCUGGGGCAGGAGGAGCCAUUUGACCUCUCCCAAAAGCGCAAUGUGAAGGGGCCAGUGUUCCAGCCCGAUGUGGACAGCACACGGGGCUGCGUCUACCACGAGGAAGAGGAGGAUGGGGAUGAGGACAACUGCUAUGAGGUGGCGCCCUACAGCCCCAGCCUAGCCCCGGAGAGCCAGCAGCUCUGCACACCAGAGGAUCUGUCCACCAAGCAGGAGCAGGUCCUCCGAGGCCCUGGGGAAGGAUGCAGGGACCAGGAUGCUCCAGAAGAGCAGCAGGAGGAGAGUGGUGAGGACCGCGAGGGCAGGGACAUAGACUGCAACCUCAGAGACGAGCGCCUGGGCAGCGGUGGGCAGGGUCCCUCGUUUUCUGAUUACGUAUACUUCAAGCACAGAGAUGAGGGUUUAAAAGAAUUACUGGAGAGGAAAAUGGAAAAACAAGCAGUCCUUUUGGGUAUCUAAGUGGAAGGCUUUAAAAUCACAUUUGGAAAACGAGAUCUAGGCAGUUCAAAUAUAGCUUUCUGCCGAACUGCCAUUUUCUGGGGACAGGUGAGUGGUGUGGGUCUUCACAAAUGGCUCAGACUAAAUGUGCAGGUUACACAAAUGCUUCUCGGCUCAUUACUUGGGCACUUGGCGAUUUCAUACAGGUUCAGGGCCCCUCGGUGUUAUUUUACACAUCACCCACAUGGUGAACUCUGCUUCAUCUAGAUACCUAACUGCAAGCUGAACCGCAAGGUGCUUUCAGUAACUGUUUUCUUCUAACAUGCAAUCGGACAAAUGUCUUUCUAAUUGCAAAACAGUGGUGCUCAUGUUACCUUAUCAGUGACUAUUUAGUUGCAUUUAUGAAGGUUACAAUAUCAUAGAUGAAAAUAUUAGCAGUUGUAUAUAAUAAUAGCCUCUAUUAAAUAAUAGAAACACAGGAAGUGAUGCAAGAGAUGAGCUGUUGGGAAGCCUGUUCUUAAGUGGUUCCUAUAGACCUGAGCUAGGGUUUCAGGAGAAGGUAAAUCGUUUUGACCAAGAGCUCAGAUGCCUGGAUGGGUACUCUGUCCUGCUUCAGCUUCCCUGGUCAGUGGGAGAUUUGUAGUACCCCUGUAGAUAUCUGGACAAUGCUUUGGGGGUUCCAACUCUUCAGAACAAAUCCCUCUCCCAAGAAGAACCUCCUCACAGAAACCAUCGCCACCUUGUUCUGAGACCUCAUGCCCCGAGAAGUGGAGAUUGAGC